AUGCUAGAACUCAGAGAAGUUAAUGGAACCCCUGGUAGUCAGCUUUCCACUCCGCGCUCCGGAAAGUCUCCAAGCCCAUCACCAACCAGCCCAGGAAGCCUCCGGAAGCAGAGGAGCUCUCAGCAUGGAGGCUCCUCUACCUCACUUGCGUCCACCAAAGUCUGUAGCUCGAUGGACGAGAACGACGGGCCUAGAGAAGAAGUGUUGGAGGAAGGCUUCCAGAUCCCAGCCACAAUAACGGAGCGAUAUAAAGUCGGAAGGACCAUAGGAGAUGGGAAUUUUGCUGUUGUCAAGGAGUGUGUAGAAAGGUCGACGGCUAGGGAAUAUGCUCUGAAAAUUAUCAAGAAGAGCAAAUGUCGAGGCAAAGAGCACAUGAUACAGAAUGAGGUGUCUAUUUUAAGAAGAGUGAAGCACCCCAAUAUUGUUCUUCUGAUUGAGGAGAUGGAUGUGCCAACUGAACUGUAUCUUGUUAUGGAAUUAGUGAAGGGAGGAGAUCUUUUCGAUGCCAUCACCUCCACCAACAAAUACACGGAGCGAGACGCUAGUGGGAUGCUGUACAACCUGGCCAGUGCAAUCAAAUACCUGCACAGCCUCAACAUCGUCCACCGUGACAUAAAGCCGGAGAACCUGCUGGUGUACGAACACCAAGAUGGCAGCAAGUCUUUGAAGCUGGGUGACUUCGGAUUGGCCACCAUUGUGGACGGGCCCCUGUAUACGGUCUGUGGCACCCCGACAUACGUGGCUCCAGAAAUCAUUGCUGAAACUGGAUACGGCCUCAAGGUGGACAUCUGGGCGGCUGGCGUGAUCACCUACAUCCUGCUGUGUGGCUUCCCUCCGUUCCGAGGAAGUGGUGACGACCAGGAGGUACUUUUUGACCAGAUUUUGAUGGGCCAAGUGGACUUCCCUUCUCCGUACUGGGACAAUGUUUCCGAUUCUGCCAAGGAGCUCAUCACCAUGAUGCUUCUGGUGGAUGUUGAUCAGCGAUUUUCAGCCGUGCAGGUCCUGGAGCAUCCCUGGGUCAAUGAUGAUGGCCUCCCAGAAAAUGAGCAUCAGCUGUCAGUAGCUGGGAAGAUAAAGAAGCAUUUCAACACAGGCCCCAAGCCAAACAGCACAGCAGCGGGAGUUUCUGUCAUAGCAACCACCGCUCUUGAUAAGGAGAGGCAGGUUUUCCGACGAAGACGCCACCAGGAUGUGAGGGCCCGGUACAAGGCACAGCCAGCUCCCCCGGAACUCAACUCGGAAUCGGAAGACUACUCCCCAAGCUCCUCCGAGACUGUCCGCUCCCCCAACUCGCCCUUUUAAUGAGACCCCCGUACUGGAAGCCCUAGCUUAACCCUUUGAGACUCUGAGAUUUUCCAAAUUUAUGUCCAACGGUUCCAUCUGAUUUAUCUAGCGCUGAUGCUUGGAUGGCCGAAUGGAAAGUGUGUUCUGGUCUACCUUUGCUGAAUGAGACGACAUGUGGUUUUUUGUGAGAAUUGCGACUUGCUGCUAAUAGGAUGCUCAAAGGGUUAAGACUAAUGCACCAUUUUUUUUUUUUUAAAGUUAGAAGCAAUGAAUGUUUUCAUCUGUCAAGCUAGGAUCUGCAGUAUGUAAAAUAGCACAUGUUAACCCUCUGAGUGCAUAGAAUUCUACUGAAAACACUUCCUAGGGAACUUUCCA